AUGUCUAUCUUGCUUGACUCAGAUCAUGAGCAGAGAGAAGCAUAUCUGGAGUACUCAAGGGAUGUCAUUAAGUACUUUGUAGAGAACUCUGCUGAGUUUUAUGGCAACACCUUUUGUGUGUACAACAUCCACAGCCUGCUCCACCUGUAUGAAGAUGUAGAGAAUUUCAAAUGUUCCCUGAAUGAAAUAUCAGCAUUCCCCUUUGAGAACCAUUUGCAGUCAAUCAAGAGAAUGGUUCGAAAUGGCCAAAAUCCAAUUGCACUGGUCACUAAAAGAAUUGUGGAAAAGGAGCAGGCAAAGCCAAGACAAACAUUGUCCCACAGGAGGUUUUAUGUCUCAGCCAAAACUCGAGACAGUUGUGUCUUCCUGGAAGAUAAGAUCGAGUUUGUGAGGGAGAAGAGGGCUGAUGGCAAGCUGGUGGCUGAUGUCAUCACACUGGGUGAUGCAAGUGAUCUAUUUGAAAAACCAUGCAAGUCCAAGAUCAUCAACAUUGCAUAUGUGGACAGAAGAAUGGACCAAGCACAUCGGCAGUUGGUGGAUAAGAGAGAAGUGGUGAAGAAGGCUGUUUGCAUUCCACAUUCAGAUGGAUUUGCCAUCUUUCCUCUGCUACAUGGCAUCAACUAA